AUGCCAAAUCCCAAGAAAGGCUCAAGGCCCGCCACUCCGCGUCGAGAUGUGUUGGCCUCGCUGCGGAUGGCGUCUAUGGAAGAGAUCUCCCGAGCAUCUCUUCCAGCAGAGAUCAUAGCGCUGAUUUUUGAGCACCUGGGCCCCGUCGACCUCGUCCGAGCCGCGCGUUGUUCCAAGCUUAUGCACGAAAUGGCCUACGAUGACACGCGGUGGGUCCAGCGAUUGAAGCGAAUAGGCUGCUGGGAUGAAACCGAAGCGCGAAAGCACAACGAGAAGAUUUAUGAAUCGAUUGCCAACCUGGAAACUGCGGAAAAAGAAGAGACCAAAGCGAGUAAGGACGGUGCCCUUCCUACAAUAUCUAUCGAACAAAAUCUUGCCGAUGGAUUCGACAAGAUAGACCUGGUCAAUACGGCUCCCCAGCCAGAUAUACUCGCGCCCGUGGAUGACCCUAUACUGGGCGCGCUGAAGCAAGCCAAGUCUAUUCGAGGCGAGGCACGGCAGGAAUACGGAAAGAUCCACGCUGCAUUGGCACCGUUUUAUGACGACAUAGGACGAUCAGGGCCAUCAUUAGAUGGUCUGGUUUUCACGAAGUAUAAAGACCCGGAAUCUCAAGCGCAGUUAUUAUCGCAACUGCUGGCAUUUGCGAAAUGUGACAUAACAGAAGGAUGGAAAGAGCGGACAGAUCAAUUAGAGACGACGGUGUCAAUGUUUGAGACUGCCGCGCUGAACGAAUUCCGGAAAGGAUACGAAAACGAUGACAUUGAGGGCACGAUGCGGAAAUAUGCCCAUGUAUUGUGGACGCUGAAUGGCGGCAACUCGGCCGUCGAACUUUUCAUUCAUCACAACCAUCUGAUGACACAAAAGUCUGAACUGGGGAGGGUUGCUGACUGCAUUGAUGAGUCGACGGGUAAUGUGAAGUUGCAACAUACCCAGGCCUUCUUGACCCGCCUGAGCGUUGCCUACAAUGAGCAAGUCUCGAUUAUGAACCGGGCUUUCCCCCAAAAUAUGAAUGUGGCGUCUCCUUUUAUGGAGAAAGUUGGCCAGGACGUGCUGUAUCCCUUUCUGACGGCCAUAUUUGACGAACUGCACCGCAGCAACAUGGAGUCGUACCUUACGGCCGUCUCGGUGACCUUUGUCCAGUGUAUGAACCUAUCAGAAGCCCUAUUACCCUCGCGAAGCUCUGGAGACAAGUUUGACGAGUACCUGGACAAGGUGAUCACCAGAAUUUUCGAACCGCACAUUGACCUGUAUUUGGCUGAAGAGCUGGACUUUUUCCGGAAGGCAUCCGAGGCCGCGGUGGCUGACUGGGACCGACAACUGUCUGAACAGGCUGCUUCUACGGAGUCAUACUUGAUGUCUAACAUUAAUCGACAGGCAGAUAAGCGGGACUUCCUGACUUCGUUCAAGAAAGUCAUCAUGAUGCCCGUGAACAUUCUGCCCAGUUUUUCCGGAAAAGCACCCGAAGAACCCAAAUCAGACUCAGAAACGAAUGGACGCAAUUCGCCAGCAAUCAAGAGCCCUAACCGGUUUUCGACCAUUUCAUCACCAACUCCGGUACCCAUGGAGGAAGCCCCGACCACCGAACUGGCCGCCAAAGCGGCAAUCAUGAAAUCGAAGAUGGAAGGCAUUCGGUCUCUAUUCAGCAUUGAAAUCGCUCUGAGUCUUGUUCACUCCGCAAAGACGAGCCUGGAGAGAGCGGCCCAGUUUGUGCGACUGGGUGGAGAGACUGGCAGGAUCGCGAAGCAGCAGUGCGAGGCGAUUUUUGUAUCAUUACUCCGAAUUCUGGGGCACCAACAUGUUAUCGUUGGGUUUGACAAGGCCGUCGAUCAUCUCUCCAACUAUCGACCACGCGAGCACGAAGAGCGCGACCAGUCUGGGGUUGAGCCUCUUGUGACCUUUUUGGAGCUGGUCAAUGUCGGCGAUUUGAUCUUGCAGAUGAUGGACGUGUUCUACGAGCAGGAACUUAUCGGCACAAGACUGACCGACCGGAAUGACUUCGUCGACCCUGCUGUGAAGGAGAAGAAGAAAUUCGAGCAGAUGCUGGACGAGCGGGUAGCAGCCGGUCUGAAUAAGGGUAUUGAUGUCCUCAUGGAGGAAAUAGACUAUAUUCUUGCAACUCGACAGCUGGCCACUGAUUUCAACCCGGGCGUUUCUGCAGAUCCACACCGGCAGACAAUGGACGUGGGUGUCAGUGAAGCAGCCGCGGCUGUGGUUGACGUGGCGUCCUCGCACACACAGAUGCUGGUGGGAAGCACCGACAAGAGCACGCUGGACGUUUUCAACCAAGAGGUGGGACUGCGACUUUUCACAGCAUUGUGCAAGCAUCUCAAGCGACAGCGGAUCAGUGUCGAGGGAUCCCUGAAGCUAAUAAGUGACAUGAACCACUACUUCAAAUUCGUACAGACGCUGAGGAACAACGAGCUCCUCCUCUACUUCAAGGCCUUCCGCGAGCUGGCCCAGAUCUACUUGAUUGACCCGUCGGACGCCAAAGAGCUGGCAACGCUCAUCGCUGAUGCGGAGCGAUUUCAAGGCAUCUGGCGCGUGGAGGAGGUGUACGACUUUGCCGAACGGCGCGCCGAUUGGUACCAGGUGAAACGUGAUGUGGAACGGGCUAUGUAUGGCAUUGGGUGCAGCGUGAUGUAG